GCACCUUCAACGUCACGCUACAACAGCAACAGAAUAGUUCUCGUCCACGCGAUAACAGACUGUGACUCAUUUGUUGGACUGCAAUUAGUUUUUUUUGCUUUAUCAAGAAGAGACAUAACAAGCUGGCAUUCUGCCAGUAAUUUUGUGAAAAGAGAGAGAUAAAUUAAUUGAAAUCGUUCGGAUUAAGGUGCUCCCUUCCGCCAACUUUCUAGAAAAUGCAGCUGGCACCUCUUCCGGAAGAGCGAUCGGAUGAGAAGGCCAACCUCGUCCCAUGCGUGGGGGACUCACCUGUCCUGACCACGGGCAAAAGCGGCCAGUAUAAUCUUCUAGACAGAGAUCGGCGGACCCUCUCAGAGUUAAUAGCCUUCACGCUGUAUAACUUUCCCUUGGGCGUCGUCCUGGGCGUCAGCGUGACCCUUUUGUCGCUAGAAGCAGAAACCUUGGCGCCAGAGAAUAGCAGUGUACUUGAAAUUAUGAUUGAUCGUAGCCAGAUUUUGCUGGCUGGCUCUUUCCUUCCUCCCAAACAUCCCUUAGGAAGAGAGAACAGAAAGGAAGACUUGAGCUUAAACUCAAGAAGUGGCUUAAUGACUUACUAAUGAAAGCGGCUACAAUCUAAACAAUUCAUCACUCUUCUUAUUAUGAUUGAUCGUGUGGCACUUGUUCUUGCUGUAGGUACUACUUUGAUGUGAGAACUCUUAUUAUUGGAGUACCUGUACUAGGUAGGGGGAUCAUGGUUGUACGACAUGCACUACCUAGCUGCCAGUGUAGACUUUAACAUUGAAAUGACAGCCUAUCAGCAUGAUCAUUCCAUCACACGCAAACGCAGCUUCUUUUGGGUAUUUUCUGCGUGCUUGCUGGCGUCGCUCAACUGGUCUGCCCGCCUCUCGGGAAGUUAUCCGACCGUUGCCGGUCGAAAUGGGGCAAGCGGACACCGUAUAUGACAGCCUUCACAGUUCCUGCAAUGCUCUCUUUCGUGCUGAUGUGGUACGCCUCAACCUCGCGUUCGCUUUACGGUUACGUCUUCGCCUACACCAUGAUGAUGGUGUGCGUAUCUGCAGCCCAGACUGCCAGCCUAGGCUUUGUAGCGGAUAUGGUGCCACCACAACAAAGAGGUGAAGCUUCCGGAGUUUCAGGCGCGAUGUGGCUGCUGGGGGCACUGGCGGGAAAUUUCUGUCUGCAGAGCGUUGCUUUCAUCAAUUUUCGACUUCUAUACGCGGUUUUGCCGGUCAUGCUGGUACUCUCGAUGUAGAACUUGUUGUAGCUAUGAUGUCACUGUGAUUUUUUAUAGGACUCUCAUGUGCAUCUGCACGGUACGUAAGUAAAUGGAUUUCUUCAACACCUCAACAUCUUCCAUCUCCAUGAUAACUGCCAGUUCCUUGCCUGGGCUGUGAUGGUGAUGGUUGUUUCUGAGCGAGAUACGUCUCAGGAUGAGAUCACCGCCAGCGACGAGAUGAGUCUUUACGCUGAGCUAAAGGACUGCUUCUAUAUCGGCACAACAAGCCAUGGGACCGAUUUUUUCUUUGUUGUGCUUGGUCGCACGUUUUACUACUGUUCCGUGGCAUCCCAGAUCUUCAUUUUUUUCUACAUUCGGGACUUCUUGACGCAGGAUCGCAAUAUCCUUACUUACAACAUGGCGGGCGUAGCCAUCGUGUGCUAUUGCAUUGGUGUUGUAGGCAGCUUGGGCAUUGGCGCAUUAUCCGACGUUCCCGGAUACGGGCGAAAACGCAUGGUCUACCUUAGCUGCAUCGUCAUGUGCGCGGUACCUAAUCGUGGUCAGUGAUUAAAAGUAUCAGCAUGAUGAGGAUGAUGAUGAUGAUGAUGAUAAUCAUUCGAUGAAAUAGGGUCGUAGAGUAUGAACAAUUCUAGGACCACCAGGUGUAGGUGAUGACGUAUAUACUUGUUCGCGUCCAACAUCUUGUUUUUUCAGUCACGCAUCAUGAGUUGUAACUCCAAACUUCCUCCACCCCAGGCCUGCGUGAUGUUGCUGUUCUUCCCGUACGUGUGCAACGGCAACUUCGACCUUCCGAAGAAAAUUAAGGCGAGUGGUAUUUCGUCUGACGAUCUUCACGUGAGAGUUGUAAGUCCGUCUCUAUCAUUGUUCAAUGUUGGCAAGUACUACAAGGUGGAGGAUGGAAAACUUUGAGAACUAAAUCAAAGAUUUCUGAAUGAAAUAGUGUGCAAAUCAUAAUGCUGGUCCAUCUAAGAACACGAACGCAAAAACUUCGAGUUUCUUCAGAUAUGUAGAAGAGCGGUCUCGGAGACGGCCCUAUGCACCUAGUGCGGCUGCUCGAACGUUCAAACUGCAAGAGCUCGCAGGAAGUGACGUGGAGCAGAAGGAGGACCAAAGUUUUCUUGAAGACGAAGUUUCUGAAGCUAGAGGUGAAUUUGAUGAAGACAUGAAUGUUGAUUCUUCAAAAAUGCAAGAAGAUGUUGUGAGUGUCAACGACAAACACUUAGCUAGGAGUCGAACCCCUAGGCAUCAUCAACAUCAUAACGGAAAGAUUGAGAACAAUCACCGACGGAAAAGCGCACCCGCAGUUGCUUCCCAUGAAGAUGUUGCUAGUGCAUCGUCAUUACUAGAUGCAGACCACGCCGAACAACUAGAAAACAACAAACAUCCUACGCCUACCCUUCUGGCUAGAAGUGCUACGACAGGGCUAUUAUCGAGCUUUUUCGAGCUUGAUCACGCAGUAGAGGCAAGAAAGAAGCUGCGCCGCUUGCAUGAUGCGUUCAUUAAUGUGCCAUGGCAAGAACCUCAGUACCGGGAAACUAGAGGUUGGUGUUACAUUUUCCUUACCGCAAUGGUAUACGCUCUCGGGAAUGGCGCGUUCAUCGCCGUCGACUGCGCUCUUGCGCUUGAUACUCUGCCGAAUAAAGAAAACGCCACAACGAAACUAGGUCAGUGAAUGUGAUUUUUACUUGACGAUGGGCGGCAGUGCGCUUGAGUAUGGUUCAAAGAGUAGAAAUGUACCAUAGGAAAUGUCGUGACUCAUCAACACUUUCUUCUGCUUGUGUUGCACCUGCCAACUGGGCAGAACAGGAAGAAGAUUAACUCCUGGUCAGGCUCUCUCGUAGUUUUUUCUUGUUUUUUCGUUCGAAAAUCAUGAUGUUUUGAUCAUGAAUUAAAAUUAACUCAGGUGUGUGGUCAACGUCCCACUUUAUCGGGUUCGCGAUUGGACCGAUUUUCUACGGGGUAUACUUGCAUUACGCGGCACACAUAAACGACGAAUCCGCAUCAUUGACUGACCUCCUAAGCGCCGAGCCAACGCAGUUCAACUACCUUGGCUACGCCCUGACCUUCUCAACAGCGAUGGUUUUCCAGCUCAUUUGCGCGCUUCUCGUCUUCAAGAUCAAGGGCAGUACGUAAGAUGUCGAAGGUGACGUUCUCAUCCUGUUUCGGGCUAGGUAGGGUGGACGACGAGAACGACGCAAGUAUAAGGGCGAUCCUGCUGGGGCUCGUCGCUUCUGCGUUGCCGAGGCUUCGAGAGAUCCGAACACGCUCCCGGCAGCGGCAUCAUUUUACCUCGCAGUGCCAGCCCACAGAUUGUCAGCUCCAGUAGGGAAGAGCAAGCAAGCGCGAGCCCCAUCUUCGGCGAUCUGUUGUGGGAGAAGAAACCAAUGGAGCUGUUCUCCACGGAGAUGCGUUGGGUCGUGCGGCUAGUACACGGUGCAGCCAACCUGAUGAGUUUUUUCCGAAGUACGCGUAGUUGUGGAUAACCAGUGACUUCUUGGCAAUGAGUGCAACCCGAAUAGGCUUAAGCUUUUUUGUGCAGAGCUUAAAUCUUGCAUGUGAAUUUUCAAACGAUUCAAGUCUGGUUCAACAUUUUUGGAGGAUGCCGUCUCCCGCAGUGGUCCUUCGCAUUGAGGUCCGUUUUUGCUUCGACAGCAACAGUAAUAGAAUGAUUAGACCUCGUUAUCGACCUAUUUGAUUCCGAAUCAAACAGUUUGGAGUAUGUAUCGCGUGAAUGAUUAUACAUGAUCAUGUAGUAACUACCUCUACCACCUACUUAUCGAUGGUCGUUGUAAGUUAAAAAAUGUAUUGUAUAGAAGCCGAAAAUUUUCUUCUUGCCAGCAAUUCCAAUUGGGAGUCGGUGCAGUUUUCGAACAGGACUGAACUCUCUUUACUUUUUUUCAUUUUGCAAUAUCAUGGAAUUCAUUGGCAGGGGGACGUGUACGUGAGAGAGUCCCACUCCUACCCAGACACCACCGCGUAGGCCACGAUAAUCCAUGGCGUUUUGGCGACGCUUUUUGGGCAUAGGCAAUCUCUGCUUUUUUGAUGCUCGUACACACUGGCAGAUUCUGUUGAUUGUCCUGCUGCUCAUCCACGCAACAAGAACACUGGGC